AUGGCUCCCGCGUCGACCGGUGCUAAGAAGCAGAAGAAGAAGUGGUCCAAGGGCAAGGUCAAGGACAAGGCCCAGCAUGCUGUCAUGCUCGACAAGACCACCUCUGAGAAGCUCUACAAGGAUGUCCAGUCCUACCGCCUCGUCACCGUCGCCACCCUCGUUGACCGCAUGAAGAUCAACGGCUCCCUCGCUCGCCGGUGCCUCAAGGACCUCGAGGAGAAGGGCCAGAUCAAGCCCGUCGUUACACACAGCAAGAUGAAGAUCUACACUCGUGCUGUUACCGCUGCCGAGUAA